UGGGAGGAUAGAAUAGAAUAUAAUAGGCCGCCUUUGUGCUGGGUAGUUGGUUAGUCUGCAUGUAACCAAGAUUGUACUCCUCCGCAGAUCGAUCCGAGACCCUUUUUGGGCCGAAAAUCCGAACCCAACAACACUUACGCAUCUCGGCGCUCAACGCCCCCCUUCCCACUCCACCUGGCGCGGGACGUUAAGAUUAAUACCUUUAACCUAGCUAUAUUUAAACGACACUGGUGUUCAUUGAGAUACACCAGUCGCCAAAACCUACUGAUACCACUCCAACAUGAGUUGCUGGACUCUCCCCAACUUCGCGAAACAUAUGAAGCCCGAUCCCACUGGCAGGGGAUGCACCCACCUCGGCAAGGACGGUGUCCUGCGGACCCUCUCGCGGGUCUACGAGGUCAUCGACGCGCGCGGCCUCAACCACGAGGAGAUCAAACAAAUUUUGGAUAAUAUGCCCCCGCAGAUGGCUCGAAUGGUUCAAAAGGAGGACUUUCGUGACGUUGACGGUACAAAGGUUACAAGCGAAGAGGCACUUUUCCACCCGGCGCCGGGUAUCCUGCCGACGAAACCGACCGAGGAGGAAGCUGCAGAAAGACGGAAACUGGUGAAGCAGAGUCAUGAGGCCUACUUGCAGGCAAAGAGGGAGCAGUGUGCGGAGUUGGAGUAGCGGUUCGCCGGAGGAUUUGCUAUAGCAGGGAUCGUUGGGAGACGAGGAGCUCAAGUCGAACGCACAAUGUUAUAUUGUACCCUAGGUAAUCUAUUCCGGAGGCAAGGCUGGAAGAUUUUCGUUCGUUUUUCAUCAUGCUUCAAGAGAGACG